AUGAGGCCUUUUGACGCGCGAUCCCGGUCCGGGUGGGGUCCGGGUCCGAGUCCGGGCCUGAGAGAAGUGGCAGACUGCCUCAAAAUUGCUGUUAAAUUCUACGCAGACUGUCGUGUUUUCAUCUCAAGACCAAUGGUGCCCGAAAUAGGCGAGGAGACGCCGCUUCUAGGGAAGAAGCAUGAAACCACACGCCAGUUAUCCAGAACAACCGCCGUGUUCGUAGUACUGCUCCUUGGCGAACUGCUAUCCCACGCCGAAACAACCCUCAUGUUCACCACGUCAGCCCUUAUCGCCUCCGAAUUCGCGCAUCUCGAGGCCGCCGGCUGGCUCGUCACCGCCUACACGCUGGGCGUGUGCGCCGCGCAGCCGCUGUACGGCCAGUGCAGCGACCUCUUUGGCCGCAAGGCCGUGCUCCUGUGCGCGUACGGCCUGGCCGCCGCGGGGUGCGUGGUGUGCGGCGCGGGCCCCGGCCUGUGGACGGUGGUGGCCGGGCGCGCGGUCAGCGGCCUCGGCGGCGCGGGGCUCAUGAUCAUCUCGUCCAUCAUCAUCACCGACGCGGCGCCCAAGAACCGCAUCGCCCAGUACCGCGCCUACGUCAACAUGGCGUCCACCCUGGGCCGCGGCCUCGGCGGGCCGCUCGGCGGGUACGUCCUGGACAGGGCGCACUGGCGCUGGCUCUUCUUCGGCCGCGUGCCGCUCCUCGGCCUCUUGGCCGUGCUGAUGGCGGCGCUCUUUGACGAGCGGACCUUUAUGGGCGGCGCGGCUCUGCGCCGGCCGCCGGCGCUUGGCCGGGACGGAACCUGGGGCCAGAGGCUCGGAGAAAUCGACUAUGUCGGCGCCGGUCUGCUGUGCGCCUCCAUCACCGCUGCCAAUCUGCUGAUCAACGGCCAGACGGGCGGUCCGCUCCCACAAGCGCUGCUGCUCGCGUUGCUGGGCCUGGCUCUGCCCGCGUUUGUGUAUUUCGAAAUGUACGGCGCGCGAAAGCCGCUGAUUGACCUGCGCAUCCUGGCGCGCCGAAACGUGGCCGUCUCAUACGCCAUUGUCCUGCUGCAGGUCAUGGCGCAGGUCACCAUGAUGUUCUCCGUGCCCGUCUACUUCCAGGUCACGCGGAACGCGUCGGCGUCGCGGAGCGGGCUGUGCCUGGUGCCGGCCAUUGCGGGCAAUGCGGCGGGUGCCUUGCUGACGGGGCGGUACAUACGCAAGAGGCGGCGGUUCCGGCCGGUGCUCUUCGCGGCCGGCCCGAUGGCGUGUCUGAGCUACGUGCUCGUCCUGCUCUGGUGGAACGGCGGGUCCGGCGAGGCGGCGUGGGAGGCGCUGUGCACGGUGCCGGGCGGAGCGGCGACCGGCAUGGCGACGUCGGCGGCGUUUGUCUCCAUGACGGCCUUUUUGCGCCCCAAACACAUGGCCACGGCCACGGGCAUCUUCUUUCUCGUCAACAGCAUGGGUUCCAGCCUCGGUGUGUCCGUGGGCAAUCUGGUGACGCAAUCGCUCUUCGGCAAGUAUCUACGAGCGAGAUUGCGGGGAGAGGACAGCCUGGAGGUGAUACGCCGAGUUUCCUCUGAUAUCAGAACAAUCGCUGAUAUUCCGGAUGGUAUCCGUGCGACGAUUGUCGAGGCAUUUGUGGACGCUCUCAAAGGAACAUUUGUUCUUGGGUUCAUCGUGUCGCUUCUCCCGUUUCUGCUCGCUACCAUGGUGGAGGAUGCCGACCUCUAG